AUAAAUUUGAUUUAAAAUAUCACAGAUUUUAUAAUGAUUCAUAUAAAAUAAAAAUUAAUUUCUUUUGUCAUUGCUCUUUGUUUAUGAUUAAUAUACAAAAGUUAUCUCUAUAUAUAUAAUGAUAACGACUUCAUCAGAAUAAUAUAUGUAAUUACUCAUUAUUAGUAGAAGUAAUUUUUUGUGUGUAUUUGUGUAUAGCAAUAUCGAAUUUCCCAUGUAUUGUGAUUCAUUAUCUUAUAAAAGGAAUAUUAUUGUUUGUGGGUUUUGCUGCUUCUAUUGAGGAGGGCGUAUCAGUUCUACAAUUCUUUGAAUCAUUUUUAAAUAAAGUCGUAUAACCUCAAAUGAGAUUUGACAUAUGCUUGUUAUUAUGGAAAUUAUUUAGUUAAUUGAUUAUUCUACAUUUAAUCGAUUAAUUAAUAAGAUUUCAUCAUAGACAAGUUAUUAUCAUAAAUAGUGUUACUUGAAGGAAUUUGAUCUAGAGAUCCAAGAUGAAGAAAAAGGUUUUGUUGAUGGGUAAAAGUGGCUCAGGAAAGACGAGUAUGCGUAGUAUUAUUUUUGCCAACUAUAUAGCACGUGAUACUCGUCGCUUAGGUGCAACAAUUGACGUAGAACAUAGUCAUGUUCGUUUCCUUGGAAAUUUGGUAUUAAAUCUUUGGGAUUGUGGUGGUCAAGAAGCUUUCAUGGAAAAUUAUUUUGCAUCUCAGCGUGAUAAUAUAUUCAGAAAUGUAGAGGUGUUAAUUUAUGUCUUUGAUGUGGAAUCAAGAGAGUUAGAUAAAGAUAUGCAUUAUUAUCAGAAUUGUUUAGAAGCAAUAUUACAAAAUAGCCCAGAUGCAAAGAUUUUUUGUCUUGUCCACAAAAUGGAUUUAAUUCAAGAGGAUCAGCGUGAUUUGAUACUUCGAGAGAGGGAAGAAGAUCUCAAAAGACUGAGCUUACCGCUUGGAUGCACUUGUUUUAGAACUAGUAUAUGGGAUGAAACUUUAUAUAGAGCAUGGUCUUCUAUUGUGUAUAUGUUGAUACCUAAUGUAGAAGAAUUGGAACAAAGUUUAAAUCAAUUUGCAAAAAUAAUUGAUGCAGAUGAAGUAUUGUUAUUUGAAAGAGCGACAUUUCUUUUAAUCAGUCAUUGUGAAAGACAGCUUCAUAGAGAUGUACAUCGUUUUGAAAAAGUUUCCAAUAUUAUAAAACAAUUUAAAUUGAGUUGCAGUAAGUUAGCAGCACAAUUUCAAAGCAUGGAGGUAAGAAAUAGUAAUUUUGCUGCUUUCAUAGAUGUAUUCACAUCAAACACGUAUGUGACAGUUAUCAUGUCGGACCCAGCUAUUCCAUCAGCAGCAACAUUAAUUAAUAUUCGCAAUGCACGUAAACAUUUUGAAAAAUUAGAACGUGCUAGUCAAAGUUCAGCAUUAAGUAGAUAGAAGUCAGCUCGACCCAGGCGCAUUGUCACCCGGGUCCAAACUGUUAAUGACUGUUGAAUCUAAGAGUCUGAUGGAAUGACCAAUAUUACAUUCGGCAAUUUAUUUGCUGAAAAUAAUUCAUCGAAUAAUUAUAAUAUCCAGCUUUUAUUAUGAGCAUUCAUGACAGAAAUAUGAAUAAUUAUACAGGGAAUUUUUCUUAAUCUUUUGCUCACAAUCAAUUGCUAUGUUUGAUGGUGCUGUAAGAUUCUGUAUCAUCUCAUAAUAAUUAUGGAUCCAUGUAAACCUGUAACAAGUAAUCCAGUAUCAACAGCCAUAAAGAAAAUAUCUUG